UUCCUGCUCCUUUGGUGUCCUGGGGGCAGUUGUUCCAGGAUGCCAUUCUAGCCCAUCCACUCUCUCCUGUCCAUCCCAAACAUUUCUUCCACUCCCCUUUCCCUGUUCCCUCCCGCAGACCGCCCAGGCCAUGGAGAAGUUCGGGAUGAGCUUUGGGGGUGGCCCCAGCAGGAAGGACCUGCUGGACACCAUCGAGGAGCAGAAGCAGCAGCUGCUGCGGUACCAGGCGCGGCUCAAGGACGUGGUGCUGGCCUACAAGAGCCUGCUCAAGGAGAAGGAGGCACUGGAGGCCAGCCUGAAGGUGCUCUCCGUGUCCCACGAGGGCCACCUCCCGGCACCCGGCCCCAGGGACCCCCUGGAUGACCGGAGCUCCGAGCACAGCGAGGACAGCGUGGGCACGGCCGCCAGCGCCGACACGGCCGCCAGCGGGGCCAGCAGGGACACGGGGGCCAGUGGGGCCAGCAGGGACACGGGGGCCAGCGGGGCCAGCAGGGACACAGGGGCCAGCGGGGCCAGUGUGAGCAGCAGCACAGGGGACACCACCAGCGCCGGGGACGCCGCGAGCAGCGUGAGCUGCUCCACCGGGGCCGACGCGGGGCCCGAGGAGGACAGACCCGCGGCCCAGAGAGCCGAGGAGCCCCCCGGCCCCGAGGGGGACCCGGGCGAGUCCGAGCGGAGGCUCCUGCAGCUGAAGGCCCAGCUGGCCACCCUGACGAGCGCCCUGGCCACGGUGACGCAGGAGAAGUCGCGCAUGGAGGCCUCGUACCAGGCGGACAAGCGGCAGGUGCGGCAGGAGCUGGAGGAGGCGGCGCGGCGGGCGCGGGCCGAGGCGGAGCGGCUGGCGCAGGAGCUGGGGGGGCUGCGGGAGCAGCUGGCCGAGACCAAGGCCCGGCUGAUCGCGCAGCAGCACGAGCGGGCGCGGGAGCAGGGCGACCACGCCGAGAUGCUGCGGGAGCUGCAGGAGCUGCUGCGCGCCGAGCGGGAGCUGCGCCGGGACGCCGAGCUGCGGCUGGAGCAGGGCCGGGACGUGGCCCCGGGCAGGGCGGGGGCGCCCGAGCGGGCGCAGGGCCACGAGCAGCACGUGCGGCAGCUGAGCCAGGAGCUGGAGGAGCUCAAGAGGGAGCUGCAGGGCGUGCGGGAGGAGAACAGCAAGGCUGACCCCCGCAUCCAGCAGCUCCAGGAGGAGAUGGCCGGGCUCAAGAACCACUUCCAGGUGCAGCUGGUGCAGGAGAUGAAGAAGACCGCCCAGGCCGAGGAGCAGCUCCGGCACCGCGCGCAGAUGGAGGAGCGGCGCGUGGCCGACCUGGAGGCUCAGGUGUCCCAGGCGUCCGAGCUGCUGGGCACCUACGAGAAGGCCAAGCAGAAGGACCAGCAGGUCAUCCAGAAGCUCAAGGACCGCAUCGUGCAGCUGGACCUGGAGAACAAGACCUUGGCCAUCGCCGCCUCCAGCCGGGCCCCGGGGGACAUCCACGGCGAGGAGGCCAACCUGGAUGUGAACGUCCUCAAGGACAAGAUGGAGAAGCUGAAGAAGCUCCUGCAGGCGGCCACCGGGAAGAGCCAGGUGGACGUGGAGGAGCCGUGCGAGCCGGAGCUGCCCAGGGGCUCCGGGGACGGCGAGAAGGCCACGGCCGGGUACUACCAGCAGGAGCUGAGGCAGCUGAAGGAGGAGUUCGAGCGCUACAAGGUGAGGGCCCAGCUGGUCCUCAAGAACAAGUCCAGCAAGGACAUCAACCUGGCCAAGGAGCUGGAGGAGGCCCAGGAGCAGCUGGCGGAGCUCAAGGAGAAGUACGUGGCGCUCCAGCUGGCCUCGGACGACGUGGAGAGGCGGCACCGGCAGGAGGCGGAGGCCAAGAAGCAGGAGCUGUCCCAGCUGCAGCAGCUGCACCGGCAGGAGCUGGAGAGGUGCCGGCAGGAGUACCGGGAGCGGGCGCUGCGCCUGGAGGAGGAGAUGCACAAGCAGCGGGACCGGGCGCUGGCCGUGCUGGCCGAGAAGGACCAGGAGCUGGAGCGCCUGCGGGCCCUGGCGCUGCCCCACCCGCUCCAGGCCUCCCGCGGCGACCCCCGCGGCGACUCCCCCGGCCACGACUCCUGCGAGGCCCUCCCGCAGGGCCUCCCCCUGCCCUCGGGCUCCGAGCCCACCUUCUUGCUGUACGCGGAGCAGCUGGCGCGCAAGGAGGUGGAGGUGGCGGCGCUGCGCAAGCACCGGCACGGCCUGGAGGCGCAGCUGCACCAGCUCCGCGAGACGGCCCUGGCCCAGGAGGAGAAGCACCGCGAGGAGGUGGCGGCCCUGCAGAGCGAGAUCCAGAAGAACUGCCGGGACAGGAGCAGGGAAGGGGCCAACCUGGAGUACCUGAAGAACAUCGUGUACCGGUUCCUGACGCUGCCCGACGCGCGGGGCCGGCAGCAGACGCUCACGGCCAUCCUCACCAUCCUGCACUUCAGCCCCGAGGAGAAGCACAACAUCGCCCAGCGCUCGGCCCAGGGCGGCUGGUGGCUCCACGGGAAGAGAUGAGGGGGCAGCUCUGACUCCCUUUUCCGUGGGAACAUCCCCAGUGAUUGACCAAAACUCGUGGCAAAACCUCCUCCCGACCGCGCCCAGAGCUCCCGGUCGAGGUUUGGGCUCAAACUGGUGUUUGUGGCACUAAUUUGCGGUGGAAUUGUGCCAGCUCUUCCACCCUGGCGUGGGAAUUCGCUCUGAGUUGGGGCUUGGUUUAAAACCCGUGGAAUUGAAGAUCCUGAUGCUUUUUUAGAGAUGAUUUUAAAAUAAUCCCGACCUGUCAGGUUUGGUUUGGGUGGAACUCACUUGGAUCUUCAAACUCCAGCCGGGCUCGUGACUAUGAAGAUUAAAAGGAGGAUGGGAAGCACUUUAGGUGGAGCUAAAAUAGCACCAGACCAUGAAAGGCUCAAGAGGAUGAGGCUUAAUGCAGAAAAUCUUGAGCAUUUUCCCCAGAGUUUCUUCUCUAGAAGGAAUUUAGGGUGGAUGUAGCCCCAGGCCCAUCCCACAGCUCAGGUGUGCUCUCCUUCCUGCCCAGGGAUCCUCUCUGGAAUUCUCAGUGAUUCCAGAAGGAGAAAGCAUCUCCUGGGUGUCGAAGUGGAGCCUGUGAUGGUGCCAGGGAUGAUUCCCCACCCCAAGGUGCCACAUGGCUGAGCAGGAAUUGGAGCUGCCUGACCCUGUUUGGGAGCAGGAAGCAGAGGAAAGGCUGGAAUGGGUGCCCUGCUCCUCAUUUCUGGGAGAUCCAGGGAAGUUUUGCUGCUGUGCAGUGCUGUUCCUGGAAGGAAGGCCCUGUUCCUGCUGGGAUGGAGCAGGGAGGGGCAGGGGGUGGCAGCUCCAGGCAGGGCCUGCAGAGGCCUGGAGGUUCUUCCCUAAUUUCCAUGGCAGCUGGCACAGCAAACUCCAAUCCCAUAACAGGAUCCUGCCCUGCCCUUGGAGUUGGAGCUCUGGGAGCUGUAGGAGCAUCAGUCUGGAGGAGGGAUGUGCUGUGUCCCCUCACAGCUCAGGGAAGGGCCUGGAUGUUCCCUGUCCCUGGGCUGGGAAAAGGGGAGCUGCCGUGUCCCCAGGGGGACACACUGGGCGUCUCCCAUGUCCCCAGCCCAUCCCAGGGGACCCACCAGUGGCCUGGGACAGGGAUCCUGGGACAGGGACCCUGGGGUGCAGCAUCCUUCCUUGCCUCCUUGGCUGCCCUGGUCCUGCCAGCAGCCAAAUUCCCUGGAUUCCACUCCCACUAACUCAGCCCUUGGUGCCAAUUUCUCCUCAAAAGAGUCCUCAGGGAAAAUGUGCCCUGGGCAGAACCUGUCCCUGCUGGGAGAGAUCUGGGUGCUGCUGGGGUGGAGGGAACUGGAGAGCAAAGGGAGAGUUUGUCCCACGAGUGUUUGAAGUGCUUCUCAAGGGUGCAAGUGUUGGCUCAGCCAGGGAAGAGCCUGGACCCUGCUCCCAGUCUGGAAAGGCUGAAUGAAGUGGUGCCUCUGGAACAACAGGGAUGGCUCCAGCUCUCACCCUGGAGCCAUUCCCACAGCACCAGGGGGAGAUGGUGCCUCCUGCUUCAGCUUUGCUGCUCAGGCUGAGGGGAUGAUCCCUGUUCUCCCUCUGCCUUGUGCUCUCCUGGAGGAUGAAGAGACCUGGAAUGGAUCCCAGGUGUGGUGGGGAUCAAUGUGGGAUCCAGCUGGGAGGGAAGAAAUGAAGUGGGAUCAUCUGGGGGACGGGGAUCAACAUGGGGUCCCAGGUGGGAGCAGGGGAGCAAGGUGGGAUCCAGUUGGGAGCACACAGAUCCACUGAUCCAUCCGUAGAUGAUGGAGGAAAACAAGGAAGCAGCUGCCUGGGAGCAGCUCCAGGAGCUGCCAAAGUGACUGUCACCUGUGUUACUGUCACCCUCGUCAGCUCUCCUGGUGCUCCCCCUGCUCCCUCCAGCCCCUCUCCCUCCUCCUCCCUCCCUUGCUCAGGCCUUCCCCCACCUCCCUCCCUCCCUCUUCCCUCUCUUCCUUCAGCCAAUAUCCCUGAAAUAAAGGUAAAUCCCUGUUUGAGGCAGGACUCUGGUGGCUGUUGGUGAUGGGCCGGGCAGUGCUUGGAGAUCAGAACAUCCUUGGGCUUAAGACUGUAACCAAAUUACUAAAUCCCUUCAUUUCCCGAGGUCCCUGUGAGUGUGGGGAUGGGAAUGCUUCGCUCCUGCACAUUCAGUGCUGGAUCUGUGCCGGGGAGAAGAUGAAGAGGAGUCUGGCACUGAGAAUCCCAGGAAGGUUUGGGUGGGAAGGGACAUUAAAGCCCAUCCAGUGCCACCCCUGCCAUGGGCAGGGACACCUUCCAUCAGCCCAGGUUGCUCCAAGCCCCAUCCAGCCUGACCUUGGACACUUUACAGGGAUCCAGGG